AUGCUCGGCUUCCGUCCACUAUCGGUGGGCAAGCGGAAAGCCAAGUCAUACAACCAGGCGCCAAAUCAUGACCGCGAUAUCGAGGAUGGCGAAUUCAACGAGAAAGGCUACGCCAGCGACGACUACGAAGCCUACAUGUCCUCGGGCACACCGAGCCCUUCCUCAUCCCGACAUUCAUCGGGUGCAUACGACACAAAUCCGAACAACAUCGAAUCGAGACCCCUUCGACGUUCAAAAUCUCACCGGAGAGCUCCUUCGAAACCCAGCGUGAGCGCAUACAGUUAUAGGAAUCCGCGAGCAUGCACACGAUACUUUGGGUUGGCGGUGGCGAGCACACUGCUGUUCUUCAUGUAUUUCUUGUUCAGCAGCAGUUGGGCGUCGAUACGGAAUGCAGAGCUUGGGCUGAACAAGCCGCCUCCACCGCCCAACGUUUGGGAGAGCUUCCCCUUCUUGAAGCGAUACCACGGCGGUAUACGGUCGCUGGUAAGCCGAGAGAAGAACGUACCAGAAUACCCGACGAAGCAGGAUAUCGACCCUGAGCUGCCAGCAGAGAAGUCCAAGGAAGACGUCAAAGAGCGAAGAUCCCAGGGCGCACAUAUAGCCGACUCGAUACCCUUCGACCCAUACCCGGACUACAGCGGACUGAACUAUGUGGACAAAUACGGACCGGUCGAGACAUGCUAUCUUGACGCCAAGGAUACAAUCAAGGUUCCUGGGUUGAGGGCAUACAAAGGCGUACCACAGGGCAUGCCAGAUAAUGUCAUUGGAAGCUACGAGACACUGGGCCUGAGGAACGACGUCUGCUUUGAGCGCUUUGGACGACUCGGUCCGUAUGGCCUAGGUUACAGCAAGAGGCGCGGUGGAACAGGCGCGGGUAUGGAAGGCGAUCGUGAAGGCAUUGAAGAUGUCUGGAAGGUCGACGCCGAGGUUGACUUCCGCGAAGUCAACUGGACAGAGGCGCUCGACAGGUGCUUGGAGAAGAACAAGGGCCGUUUCCAGAAACAACCCAAAACUAGGACAGACUCCUUCAAGAUGCAGAAACGCGACGCGAAUACUGACACGGAAGCUCCAUCCAACGCUACGGUGCAUGUGCAACCAAAGGCGGCGCACAACACCCUUCUUUCUCGUACCGCAGUCCUCAUUCGAACAUGGUGGGACUACCAAUACGACGACGAAGACAUCAUGUACCUCCGCGCCCUCAUCUCCGAGUUGAGCCUCGCGUCUGGCGGCGAAUACGAAGUCCAUUUCCUGAUCCACGUCAAAGAUGACAACAAGCAGAUCUGGGCCGACGAGGAUUUGUACCAGGAAGUCCUCAAGAACGCACUGCCUGCCGAGUUCGCUGGCAUGGGCACGCUCUGGUCGGAACGUCAGAUGGGCUUAAUCUACGGCGGAGUAGAGGAGUCCAACUACCGCGGGUUGCCUGUCCAUGGCGCUUACCGCUCCACAUUCAUGCCGGUGACGUAUUUUGCACAUCAGCAUCCUGAGUUCGAGUUCUUCUGGCACUGGGAGAUGGACGUUCGGUAUACUGGGCAUUACUACCAUCUCUUCGAACAGGUCUCCAAAUGGACAACUGCCCAACCCCGCAAAGGACUAUGGGAACGCAAUGCUCGCUUCUACGUACCGUCAGUACAUGAUUCCUGGGAAGACUUCAAGCAGAUGGUACGUGUGCAGACCGAGCACGGCACGAACAACCAGGCCAACAGGUGGUCUUCACAUCUUCCUCCGAAUCCACACGUCCCUGGUCCGGAGAUGCAAAAGCCCGAGAAGCACAUCUGGGGUCCAGAGCCCCCGCAAGACUACCCGGACAUUGAGAUCGAUGAAGACGUAAAACCAAACACGACCCUAGCGGAAGACAAGUACGAGUGGGGUGUGGGCGAGCCUGCCGACCUCAUCGUCUUCAAUCCCCUCUUCGACCCCGACCAAACGAACUGGAUCCUAGCCGACGACGUGACAGGCUACGACAAGAAGAAUGGUCUCCCACCGCGGCGAACCGCUAUCAACACCUCUGGCCGACUGUCCCGUCGUCUACUCGAGACUAUGCACCGCGAACAGUCCCGCUUCCGUCAUACCAUGUUCAGCGAAAUGUGGCCCGCGUCAUGCGCCCUACACCACGGUCUCAAAGCCGUCUACGCACCGCAUCCGGUAUUCAUCGACCGGAAAUGGCCGACCCAGUACCUCGCCGCUAUCUUCAACAACGGCCGUAAUGGCGCAAGUGGCGGUGCGCGUAUGUCCGUUUUCUCCGACGAGCGUCAGCAUAACUUUCUCGGUACGACGUGGUACUAUCAUGCUGGUUUUGCGCCGAACCUAUGGAAGAGGUGGCUUGGGUAUAAGGUUGAUAAUGAUGGAGGGGAAGAGUAUGAGAUGAGCGGGGAGGGACGGAUGUGUUUGCCGGGGGUGCUAUUGCAUCCGGUUAAGCAGGUUGACUUGGUACAGGAGAGGGUUGAGGAGGGGGAGAAGGAGGAGUGA